GCUUUUUACCGGCGGAGACGAAUUCCCUGCUUUGCUUCAGGAAGGAAGGGCUUGCUAGUGGCCUGAAGAUGUCUGAUCUUCGUUGAGGACUUCCAAGAAGGCCAACAUGGAUAAAAUUCUGGAAGCGAUCUUGGCCUCUUCCUACCCCGAUCACAUGAAGCAAGGCCUGGUGAGGCGCGUCAUAGAGGCUCUGAAGAGGACCAUGGACACCGAACAGUGUUGGUCCAUGCUGGACCUUGCCACCAAGCUCUUCCUCCUGGGCGAUACCAAAUUCAAGAGGUCAGUUGGCAAAGAGAUCCUGGAAGUCUGUGGGCUUUAUCACCAAGAGGCCUUUGAAGAGUUCUUCAAUGCCCAGUUCCUCUUAAGUCUUCUCCAGGAAGGCUAUGGAUCACUGGGGAAGAGAAGCUUGUACGUGUUUGAUUACAUACACCUUGGCUUGCCCUUCGUGAUGGAUGGUCCUUCGGCCAACGACGUCUUCAGCCUGCUGAGGACUGAAGUCCUACGGAAGAUCUGCGAGAGGCCAGGCCUGAAGCAAUGUGUGAAGAUCAGUAAGCUCUUAAUCCAGUACCCUCUGUGCGUCCCCACCGGCAAACGCCAGGUCCUUUUCUGCCAGCAACUGGUCCGAUGUAUCGGUCAGUUCCAUACCACCUCGGGAAAGGAAGACGCCGUCAUGGAGUUCUUGGACCAGGUGAUCCAAGUCAGCCUUUUGCUGCAGAAAAUCUGGAAGACUCAGAUGGCCUCCAUCCUUCCCUCGCUGAAGGAACUCUUCACCAUCAUUUCAACCAUCGACGAUCGAGACCCGUCUAUUGCCUUAGCCAGUGUGGUCCAAUAUGUUCCACUGGAGCUGAUGGACGGCAUCCUGAGAAACCUCACCAACGAUGACAGCAUCUCUGACCUUCAGAUGAUGACCGCAAUCGGAAGGAUGACUGAAUGGGUCUCGUGGCCCCUGGGCAAGAACCUAGACAAAUGGAUCAUAGCCUUGCUGAAGAAUCUGGCGGCGGUGAAGAAAUUCAGCAUUUUGAUGGAAGUCACGCUGUCCAAAAUCGAACGGGUGUUUUCCAAACUUCUCUACCCAAUUCUGAGAGACGGGGCUCUCUCUAUUCUGCGUUACAUGUUGCUGAGUUUCCAGCACUCCCACGAAGCAUUUCACCUGCUUCUGCCGCAUAUUCCCAGAGUGAUCGCUGCCCUCCAAAAGGAAAACUCCAAUUCGGCCUCGCGAUGUUUGGAUCAGCUGGCCGAACUGAUCCAUUGCAUGCUCUUCUGUUUCUCAGGAUUUCCAGAUCUCUAUGAGCCUCUGGUGGAAGCGAUAAAAGAUCUCCCAAUUCCCAAGGAAGAUCGCAUUAAGCAUCUUCUGGCGCAGAACGCUUGGACCUCCCAGAGAAACGAGUUGGCCAACCUCUAUCCUCGCUUGGCCUCCAAAUCGGAAACCGGGAAGAUCGGGUUAAUUAACCUUGGGAACACCUGCUACAUGAACAGCAUCCUCCAAGCUCUCUUCAUGGCCUCAGAUUUCAGGCGAACGGUGCUGAAUUUAGCCGAGAACAACUCCCAGCCGCUGAUGGCAAAAUUACAAUGGCUCUUUGCUUUCUUAGAGCACAGCCAGCGGCCUGCGAUUUCUCCUGAAAGCUUCUUUUUGGCUUCGUGGCCCCCCUGGUUCACUCGAGGAGCCCAGCAAGAUUGCUCUGAAUAUCUGAAAUACCUGCUCGAUCGUCUUCAUGAGGAAGAGAGAACGGGUAGAAGGAUCUGUCAGAAACUCAAGGCAUGUUCCUUGGUAUCUCCUGUGGACCGACAUCCCUCUGUCAGUAAAACCCUGGUGGAAGAAAUGUUUGGUGGCAAAAUUAAGACCAAGAUCCGUUGUCUGAAGUGCCUACAGGUCUCUUCCAGAGAAGAAGCCUUCACUGACCUCUCCUUGGCGUUUCCCCCAUCCGAUGGCCACCAGGCUGGACUUAUCAGCACUGCAUUGAUUGGGUCUGGAGAAGACACAGGUCCUGAGAUCUCUCGGCCAAGGAUCCAGACUCAAAGCAAGCUAAAGGAAUUGCCAGCUAGGUCAGGGAUCUUGAGGGCCCCUGAGGAGAAUCUUUCUAAAAGUCCACCUAUGGAAGCAGUUGGGUCACAAUUUGAAGAGACCUCUCUCCCCUUGACGUCUGGACGAGACGUUGUUGAAGUGAAGUCCAUCAAAGAAUCUGACCUGACUUUACACAAGGAAGUUUCUGGUUGUCGGGCCUCCAGAUCUGUUCCGGAUUUGAUAAAUUAUUUCUUAUCACCUGAGAUGCUGACCGCCGAGAACAGAUACCACUGUGAGAACUGUGCCUCCCUUCAAGAUGCUGAGAAGUUGACCGAGCUGACGGAGGGACCUCACUACCUCAUCCUCACCCUGUUGAGGUUCUCCUUCGACCUAGGAACGAUGAGAAGGAAGAAGAUCCUUGACAACGUCUCGGUCCCAUUGAUACUGAAGCUGCCGGUCUUGGUGUCUUCUGACCAAGCGAGGACAUCAGGAUGGACUUCGUCCUGCAAGGACUUCUCUUCAGUGGUGUACGAUCUCUGUAGCGUGGUGGUCCAUUCUGGGGUCUCCUCAGAAAGCGGCCAUUACUACUGCUAUGCCAGGGAAUGUGAGGAUCCAGCCACGGAGAACACUUGGAACAUGGCUUCAGCGAAAUCAACGGAUGUCGAGAUCCAGUGGUACAUCUUUAACGACACCAGGGUCUUCUUCUCAUCCUUUGAAUCUGUGAGCAACGUGACCUCCUUCCUGCCGAAGGACACAGCUUAUCUGCUGUUCUACCGACAGAGAGCGAGGCAGGCCGCGAACGGAGCCGGUGCAGAACCCGGCUGGACAAACGGAAGCUUACAUUCUCCGGAUAAAAACCUGAUGGACGCCAUCGCGAAAGAUAACAUCUUAUUCUUGCAGGAACAAGAAAAGCAAGCCAGAAGUAGAAAAGUUUACAUUUCAGCUUUGCCUAACUCUUCCAUUUGGUGGAAAGAUCUCGACAGAGAUGACCACGAGGACGACGAAGGCGCCUCAGGGGGUUGCAGCCAUGAUCCCGGUGGAGGUGGAUCGGGGUCGUUCCAUGGACUGGUCUUUUAGCCCUUUUUCCCAAAGCAGAUGGUUAAUCCUUCAACCCAUCAAGUAUGGGGACUCCUUCACCUUGACCUUGUGGCCUUGGAAGUCAAACCAGGAUUGGAGGGAGAGAAUGAUCGUUGUUUAUUCUUCCUCGAAACUAUGGGCAGCGACGUUUUCUGGAGCCACCGUGACCAGGUGACCUCAACCUGUCCUAAAAGUGCACUUCCUGGAAGUAGGAGGAAGACGGUGUCACGGUUUCAACUUUUGAGGCCUACCAAGUCGGCAUCUCGAUGAUGUGUCCUCACUGAAGGGGGGGGGGCAAUGUUCAUUGUGGCCUCGUUAAUGCAGGGUUGGGCAAUUCAUUUUCUCGAGGGUCGCGCGACAACCUGGGACUUACGGAGGGCUGAACCCACAGGGCUGUGAAGGUGUGUAGGCAUGUACGCACGGACAUACGUAAACGCUAUUCUCCAAAGCCCCUGAAGGUAGGACAGGAAGCAAUGGACGGGAACUAAUCAAGGAGAGAAGCAAUCUGGAACUAAGGAGGAAUUUCCUGACAGUUAGAACAAUUAAUCAGUGGAAGAACUUGCCUUCAGAAAGUUCUGCUGGAGGUUUUUAAGAAGAGACUGGAAAACCAUUUGUCUGGAAUGGCACACGGUCUCCUGCUUGAGCAAGGAGUUGGACUAGAAGACCUCCAAGGUCCCUUCCAACUCUGUUAAGUCCUCCCAUCUUAAAAGUUGCUAAGCCAUGAAUUGUGGUUUACAAGACAUACUUAGAUUCCAUAUGGGCUAAGUUAAAGCCAGACAAACUCUAGUUCUUCACGAAAGGGCAGACAGGCUAAGAAACUGUGAUAUGUUCUAGAUGCUGGGGUCCGCAUAUUCAGUGUACAGGUUCGCACGUCAUCCUAAACCAGGAUAUGUUAAAAGCCUGGUUAGUGAGAACACUUAAUCUGUGGAACGGCCUGCCUUCAGAAGUCGUGGGUGGUUCUGGAGGUUUUUUAACAAGAGAGUGGACAAUCAUUUGUCUAAAAGGAUAUAGGCAGUGGUGGGAUUCAAGUAAUUUAACAACCGCUUCUCUGCCCUAAUGAUUUCUUCCAACAACCAAACUUUGCCAAACUGCUCAGAAAGUUAACAACCGGUUCUGCCGAAGUGGUGCGAACUGGCUGAAUCCCACCACUGGGUAUAGGGUCUCCUGCUUGAGCAGGGGGUUGGACUAGAAGACCUCUAAAGUCCCUCCCGACUCUGUUAUUCUGUUAAGAUUCCGUUAAAUUGCAAAUAAUAAUAAUAAUAAUAAUAAUAAUAAUAAUUGUUGCCUUCAGAAUGAAAACAAUCCACACAGCCUGGAAAGGGACAGAGAACAGUCCAGAUGUGGCCUGAGGGCCAUCAAAUACUCAGGUCUGUUUUAGUUGGUAAGUUCUUUGUCUAUGCAGGGAGUGUGACUCUGGAUACAAAUUUUAAUCCACAGCUCAAGGAAACGUCCAGCUUCCCAAAGCAAAAUUGUGAGAAAAAAGAGAAUUUUUUUUGGCAACUGGCCGUAUAACGAUGGGAAUGGCUUCCCUCCAAACGUUGUAGGUGCGCCAUCCCUGGAGGUUUUUUUUUUAAAGGAGAGAUUGGACCACCAUUGGACUGAAAUGGCAGAGGGUCUCCUGUUUGAACAGGGGGUGGGUGGGGUGGACUAGAAGACCUCCAAGGUCCCUUCCCACUCCGUUAUUCUGUUAACUGUUUUCCAAGGAAAAUAACGUGUGAGGUAGAUUUGGUUAAGAAGAAGGCUUAGCAAAGAUUCUAGUUCAUAUUUAAUCGUACUAUCGUCUUCAUUUAACGACCCCCAUAAUAUUGCGGGGGUGGGCAACUGAAUGGAGUUAGCGGAGUGUUUUAAUGGCCGGAUGCCCUUCCUGUUGCCAGGGCGGAGUUUUGUUCAGCAGAUAUAUUCUCAUUGUGGCCCAGAGAGAAAAAAUAUCUGCCUCUACCUAGGAUCGAACUCACAGCCUCCCGAUUGUGAGAUGAGCGCUCCGCCUCUAGGCCACUGCAAUAUUUAAUCGUACUGUGAUAAACUAAUUCACGUGAUUGGUCUCUUCUUUUCCUUCUCUGUGCCAGAUAUCAAAGAACUUGGAUUUGAUAAAUCUUUCUCAAAUAUCUAACCUGCCGUUGUCACCUGUUAGGGUACCGAUAAGGCCUCGUUCCCGCAGAACUCACUGCUAGCAAGAGGCAGAAGUAAUGUCCCUUUGUAACAGCUACAGCCAAAGAGAAAUAUACAUUCAGUCCUCAACUUACGACUGCAAUUGAGGCCAACAUUUGUGUUGCUAAGCGAGACAGGUGUCAGUUGUGGUCGUACGCCGGGGAACUUAAAAAGGCUUAAACGCUCAAACUUCCCAAGUUUAUUGUCGUCCAAUAAACAAGUGUUGUGACUUCAUUUUUCUCCAAUUUUAUGGGCUGGAUGUUAUUCUAUACCGGUAGUCCUCGACUUACAACAGGUCCUUUAGCGACUGUUUGAAGUUACGCGGCACUGGAAAAAGUGACUUACGACCGUUUUCGCACUUACGAUCCUUGUAGCCUCAUGAUUGGCAUUAAUUUAGGGUGCUUGACAACUGACUCACGUCUAUGACGGCUCCGGCUUGUCGUGUGACGGCUUGGAGCCACACGAUCCCCUUUUGCGACCUUCUGAUGAGCAAAGUCAGUGGGGAAACCAGAUUCGCUUAACAACCGUGUUAUUAAUUCAACAACUGCAGCGAUUCACUUAACAAACGUGGCAAGGACAGUCAUAAGAUGGGGGAAAACGCUGAACAAAUUUCUCCCUUAACGACCUAAAAUUCUGGGCUCACUUGUGGUCGUAAGUUGAGGACUACCUGUAGUUGGGAUCAAAUGGUCCAGAUAGGGGAAGGCUGAUACAUACAUUCUAUUCAACACCAUCCACGGGUUUGCUUAUCAUUUGGCCUCUUAACUCUGCUUCAGGAAAUCUCUUACUUUUUUCAGCUUCAAUUUCAAAAUUAAAUAAAUACACGAAUAAAUACAUGAACAAGUUCUAGAUAAUCCAGAUCUUGAUUUAUUUAUUUUUUAUUUACAUUUAUAUCCCGCCCUUCUCCGAAGACUCAGGGCGGCUUACACUAUGUCAAGCAAUAGUCUUCAUUCUAUUUAUAUAUUUAUAUACAAAGUCAACUUUUAUUGCCCCCCCAACAAUCUGGGUCCUCCUUUUACCUACCUUAUAAAGGAUGGAAGGCUGAGUCAACCUUGGGCCUGGUGGGACUUGAACCUGCAGUAAUUGCAAGCAGUUGUGUUAAUAACAGACUGUCUUAGCAGUCUGAGCCACCAGAGGCUUAUUGGCUGGCUAAUGGAUUGAACUUCUGCAAAAUGGAACGUACACGUCUCGGUAGGCCAAAAAUCCAUGUCCCUAUUGGUUUAUUUUGCUGUGGUGGUGCAAUGGUCAGAGCGCAUUACUGCAGGCUACUUCUGCGGACUGCCGGCUGCCUGCAAUUUGGCAGUUUGAAUCUCACCAGGCUCAAGGUUGACUCAGCCUUCCAUCCUUUCCAAGGUCGGUAAAAUGAGGACCCAGAUUGUUGGGGGCAAAAGGCUGACUCUCUGUAAACCGGUUAGAGAGGUCUGUAAAGCACUGCGAAGCGGCAUAUAAGUCUGCUAUUGCUAUUUAAGAAGGAAAGGAAGGAAGGAAGGAAGGAAGGAAGGAAGGAAGGAAGGAAGGAAGGAAGGAAGGAGCCAUGGUGGCACAGUGUUUAGAAUGCAGUAUUGUAGGCUGGCUCUGCCAGCUGCCUACAGUUCGAUCCCGAGUGGCUCAAGGUUGACUCAACCUUCCAUCCUUCCGAGGUCAGUAAAAUGAGGACCUAGAUUGUUGGAGGCAAUAUGCCAUUGCUAUUCCUCCCUCCCUCCCCUCCCUCCCUCUGUCCUCUCUUAUUCCCCUUCUCAUUCUCCUUCCUGGUGGCACAGUGGUUAGAGUGCAGUAUUGCAGACUAACUCUGCUGACUGCCAGGAAGUUCGAUCCUGACCGGCUCAAGGUUGACUCAGCCUUCCAACCUUCCGAGGUCGGUAAAAUGAGGACCCAGAUUGUUGGGGGCGAUAGGCUGACUCUGUAAACCGCUUAAAGAGGGCUGUAAAGCGGUAUAUAAGUCUAAGUGCUAUUGCUAUUGCUAUCUAAGCUGUGGUGGCACAGUGGUGAGAAUGAACAUAUGAAGAACGGUUGCAGGAACUGGGUAUGUCUAGUUUAAUAAAAAGAAGGACUAGGGGAGACAUGAUAGCUGUGUUCCAAUAUCUCAGGGGCUGCACCAAAGAAGAGGGAGUCAAGCUAUUCUCCAAAGCACCUGAGGGUAGAACAAGAAGCAAUGGGUGGAAACUGAUCAAAGAAAGAAGCAACUUAGAACUAAGGAGAAAUUUCCUGACAGAACAAUUAAUAAGUGGAACGACUUGCCUUCAGAAGUUGUGAAUGCUCCAACACUGGAAAUUUUUAAGAAAAUGUUGGAUAACCAUCUGACUGAGAUGGUGUAGGGUUUCCUGCCUGGGCAGGGGGUUGGACUAGAAGGCCUCCAAGGUCCCUUCCA